AUGACGGAGCUAAAGAUGUGCACCGUGUGUGCCUCAAAUCAGAAUCGAUCAAUGGAGGCCCACAAGGUUCUCAAGGAGGCCGGGUUCGACGUGGAGAGUUACGGAACGGGAAGCGCGGUCAGACUGCCAGGUCCAGCGUACGACAAGCCCAACAUCUACGCCUUCGGAACGCCAUACGAUGAUAUUUAUAACGAGCUCAGUGCACAAGACGAGCGAUUGUACACAGCUAACGGACUGCUGACCAUGUUGGAUCGAAAUCGAAAGAUCAAGACGGCUCCUGAGCGAUGGGUGGAACACAAGAACGUCUUUGACGUGGUCUUCACCUGCGAGGAGCGGUGCUUCGAAGCUGUUUGCGACGACCUGAUGGACCGGGGGGAAAAGUUGCAGCGACCUGUGCAUGUUAUCAACGUGGAUAUCCGUGAUAACCAUGAGGACUCUGUGAUUGGAGCCCAAGGCAUCUUGAAGCUGGCCCGGAGUCUAGCUGACAGCAAAGACCUCGACGCACAAAUCAUGGGUAUCAUGGACUCGUGGCAGGAGCAGCAUCCCAAGCUGCCUCUGAUGCAUGCUGUUGGCUACUUUUAG